AUUUUUUCCAAAUUUGAAUUUGUACAGUUGCCCAAGCUUCGUUAACGGUAAUAAAUCUAUUUUGGGAAUGAAUUGAACUCUAAAUCACGAUGAUGGAGUAUAAUGUCACACUCGGUGAACCUAGAGAUAGAUGGUCCAAAUAGAAAUGAUGCUAAAUAGGAGCUUAACUUCUUCUAUGUAAUUAAAUAAGACCUUGACUUUUUUUACUCAUAAAUAGGACCUAAUUUGAAGAAGUUUCCAAAAUUAUCCCCGUUCUUUAUUUUUGCAGCGCUACUCCGACUCCACAAGUUCACACUCAGGGCCAAGUCUCUCUCUUUCGUAUGGACAAAUUCUUACCGGACCAGCUACAUUCUCUUCCCAAACAAUGUAGCAGAACAUGGUGGGGUGAACAUGAUGGCACAGCGAGCACGGUGGCGGCGAGUGCGGUGGCAGCGACAGGCUCCAGCUGCGCGGGCAGUCCUCUUUUUCUUCUUCUCCUCGGCCUCCUAUGCUCCUCUUUCUUCUGUGGCUGUUUUUGCUACGAAAGUAACGGCGGCCAACCAUCGCACCAUUGAACUUCCUGAUUUCUUCUUCCGACAGGGAAAUAGAGACGGCGAUGACAUAUCGACACAACGGCGGCGACGGCAAGAUGGAGACAAGGCAGCGGCGUCAAGAGUCCUCUUGCUUUUGCUCUCCCUUAUUUUUCUUCGUUGUUGUUGCACCCAGAUCUGAUAUUGUUUUUCCACUGAGCUGUUUUGGCAUCAAUGAAGAUGUUCCAGAUCUCUUCUUCUUCGUUCCAGAUCUGAUAUUAGUUUUUGUGGUUGUCUUUUGUGUAAACAGAAAUUAAAGGGAGAUAUUUGUUGAUUAAAGUACUUGUUAAUACAAAUAGUUGCUAUAUCUUCAAUUAAUGUAGAGGGUAGUUCCAUUUUAAUAAAUGCAUCAGUGAGUUUUUCUUUUGCACAA